AUGCACCUUUUUAUUCCGAAAAUUUUCAAGCCCGGCAAAGCCAAAUCCCCGAGUGGUUUAACCACGUAUGUAAUCCUGCCCGCCAAUUUUGUGCCUCACGAGUGUGUGAGUGUGCCUGAACUCAUCAAACCACCACCGUGCUUAGUCCAGACUGGCCCGUUCGAUGAUCGUACCAAUUACCGAACCGAUUUUGUCCCCAAGGAGGUUUGUCUAUGUUGUCCGGCCGGAUUUUUACCAACAAACGAUAUCAGUCCAGAUGGCUAUAUGUUUGAACGUAUCGAUGAACGGGGUCAUCAGCUCUAUAAAAACGUGGGUACUGGAAAGAACACAUUACCUUCGGUGUCAGUGAAGCAGUAA